AGUAUUCAGUCAAGGCGUGGACACUGAGGUGGAUGCACGCACGCCCUUCCUCCGUGACACUCCCCUCUCUCUCUUUCCUCUCCCUUCAUGGAUUUACUGAGAAGCGAGUUUUUGAUACGCGAGUGGCAGUGAGUGUUUCUGAACGGUAUUUUGACCCCUACUGAAGUGACCUGGUGUGUCUGGCGCCGAGAAAAAGGUGUGUAUUGGAAUUAAAUCAGAAAAUCACCACCAAGCACCACCAUGGCCCUAUCCUGCCCAGAACUUGUCCCGGACUCGUGGCUGGCCCCCUCACAGCUCACCCACCCUGAUGACCUGUGGAUUAAGUUUGAGAAGUUUGAGUUUGACAAUGAGCGCACACUUGUCCUGCCCAACCCAAGCAGUGACCCUCAAUUCGCCUCCUAUUUGGACAUGGGUGGGGGUGGUUUCGGGUCUUCUAUUCACCCCCCCGGAGCUCUCCCCACCCCCCCACACUCCCCACCUACUGAACAUGACCUAGAUGACCUGGUAGCGUCUAUUCCUGAGAUUCUGGAGUCACCUUCUGCAUCGCCUCCUUCUGCUAUUAGUGAAAUAUUGUCAGAUUUAGAGGGAAUGGAAACUGCUUCAUCCCCGCCCCGUUUGGAGGGCACCUGGGGGGCUGACUGGUGGGGAGGGGCGCUUAUCCCCCCCAUAGAAGCGUCUAUUAAACGUGACAUCAUGUGGGGGGGUGGUGGGACAUGUACGUCUACCCACACGACCCAUACAAACACCACAGUCACGACUACGACCCCCACAGUGAUCACGCAGGCUGUGGAGGUGAAGAAGGAGAGACAGGACUCGGAAAGCUCAACAGAAGUCUAUAGAGAUGUCAUAUACCCUGAUGACCUCUCUGAUGAUGACGAUGAUGAUGACCUCCCAGACACCCCCUCCUGUACUGAUAGUGACUGCGAUGGUGAUGAUCCCUUAUGGUCACCACCUCACCAAAAGCACCACCCAGUCAAGCACCAAGUCAACACCACUUCUCCUGCUCCCACUACACCAGCACCCACCACAGUCAGUCACCAAAUCACCACCGCCACCACCACCACUACUCCAGCGGUUGACAUUGAGCAUAAUUAUUGUGAGCCUAACCACCAUCUUCACCACCAUCACCACCACACCACGGGCACCAUCACGCCGUCUGAUACUGAAGAUGAAGUGGACGUGGUAUCCUGCCCUGAACAAGACAUCAUCACCACUGCCACCACGACUACCACCACCAUCAACACCAGACUACCCCCUCCCCCCACUCCGACCCCCGCCACCCCCACCACCACCAGCACCACCAAAGCUUCUAUGGACGUCAAGAGACAACUACAACUGGCGAUCCAGGAGGCGGUGAGGAACAGGCAGAACAAGAGUGGUGGUGGCAGUGGUGGUGUUGCGAGUAGUAGUAGUGGUGAUGACAUGAGCAACAGCAGUACGAGUCUUGUGUCGGUGAAGAUUAAGACCCAGGGCAAGCCAGCAGCCUACACCAAGAGGAUGAGGGACUAUCAUUCUGAGGUGGUGAAGUCCACAAAGCACAGGCCGAACAAGGGUGACAAUGAUGAAGGGCGGCGGUCAGUGCACAACUCCCUGGAGCGUCAACGGCGGGUGGACCUGCGGAAUGCCUUUGAGACUCUCCGCCAGCUGGUCCCGGACACCAAGAUCCAGGAGAAGGCCCCCAAAGUGCAGAUUCUGAAGAAGGCGGCCCUCCACUGCAAGGCCCUUCAGCAGGCUGAGCUCCGACUGCUGCGGGAGAAGGAGAAGCUCAAACGACAACUGCAAGAGCUUCAGCAGAGGAAAGCUUUGGUGUGUGUACCGUCAAGUUGAGCUGGCUAACUAUGUACCUUUAUUUUUUGUUUUGUACCCUUUCUUUGUACCUUUUUUUGCACCUUCUUGUGCAUUUUAGCAUCUUUAUCUUAAUUUUUCCAGUCUAUCUACCCUUUCUUUAACUGUGUACCUUUCUGUUGUACCUUUUUUGUGUUUUAUUGUCUUUCUCUAAGUUUUCCAGUCUACAUAUCCUUUCUUUUCUUUUCUUUUUUCUAUUCUGUUAUUUUUAUCUUUUAAAGUUCAAUAUUUGCAGACUACCUUUUGUUUGUACCUUUUUCAUCUUUCACUCAAAAUUUCUCCAACUUAGCUUAUUUUGGUUCUUUUUUGUGUUUUUCAUCCUUCAAAGUCUUAAGUUUAUUCCAGUCUACCUUUUCUUUGUGUGUUUUCAUCUUUCUCAAAAGUUUCUACCCUUUUUCAUAAUUUCUCUAUUUUCUUCCCUUUUUUUUCAUUUUCAUCUUUAAAAAAUUUGUUCUUUCAUUUUUCAAGUCUAAAAACCUCCUAAUCUUCUUUUUUAUUAUUAUUUUUCGCAUUUCCUCUUAGUUUAUUAUCAUUAUUGUAUCCCAUCGUUCCUCCUCCUCCUCCUCCUCCUCCUCCUCCUCCUCCUCCUCCUCCUCCUCCUCCUCCUCUAUGUACAGUUAGUUAUAAGGGCAAAUGAUUUUCUAGAGUGUGUAAAUAAUAGUUAUCUGAUUUAAUAUUACUACUAUUACUACUAUUUCUAUUACUAUUACUACUCUGAGGGGAGCAUUCAUUGUAAUAUUAGCAGCCUGUUACUGUAUGUACGUGUGUGUUUGUACGUAUGUGUGUGUGUGUGUUUCUAUGUAUGUGUGUUUACUCCUAGUGCCUGAAAAUAAGUCGCCAAAAAGGACUCUAGGAUGAAAAAAAACGAGAAAUUAUUACUAUUAUUUAUUUUAAUUUUUUUUUCACUUGUGGCGACAAAUGCUUUAAUUAAUUGUGACUAAAAUAACAAAAUGAGAGAAUUUUUGUGUUUUGAGAGAAAGAGAGAAAGAAAAGAUUAAGCGAGAUUGAGAGAGAGAGAAAGAGUAAGAGAUCGAGAAAGAGGAAAAAAAACGUUAAAACUUUUGAUAAAUUCUAAUAAAAAAUAAAAAUUGUUGAAAUAAUGACAAGAAAAAAAAAUAUAAAGACAAGACAAAUUUGAUGAUGAAUUAGUAUGGUUCAUGUAAAUAAUUAAUGAUGAUGAUAGUGAUGGUGAAGAGAGAGAGAGAGAGAGAAGAGGUACCAUUUACUUUACAUUGACUACUACCAUUACUAUUAGCCUUCUCUGAGUGUGUAUUGGUGAAGCUGUGUUGUGGUGCAUUGUGGAAGGAAGAGAGGCAUGUCUGUGCGUGUGUGUGUUGUCAUUUUUAUCAUGUUUUUUCUAAGUGUAUUCUGUGGAGGAGUCCUUUUGCAUAGUUUUUACUGCAGGAAUUGUACCAAAGUCCACCACAGCUGCAGUUUGUGGUGCUGUGGUGGGGCGCCUGUGUUCCUCGGAGAGAGAGAGUGUGAGAGAGAGAGAAGUAUCGGUAACAGUUGUGCUUUACCGAGACACAGAAAAAUGAUGCAAAAAAAAAAAAAAAAAAAAAGAAAUAAUGGUAACUCAGUUGUAUGUUCCUUAAGUUAUAUAUUAUAUAAAUAUAUAUUAUAUCUAUAUUGCUUGCCAUGAUCUUAGAAUACUGCGUGUGGAGAGAGAGAGAAUGUUUGUGUGUGCAUGUGUGUAUUUGAGGCUCGGAGGCUGUUGUAGACUGUUGGGGGGUGACAGACAUACAGACAGACAAACCAGACCAGACAAACAAACAGACAGGCCACAUAACAAACCAUCUUGACAAUACAUAAUUUUUUACCCUGCAGAAACAGUGAUAGACAGAUAGACAGACAGUAUAGGAGAGUGUGGUGGACAGUGACAGACAGACAGACAGACAGACAAGACUCCAUGAAGCUUAGUGAGUAAUGAAGUAACAAUGCAAUGAAGGAAUGACACUACACCACAGACCAGACCAGUCCUAACCUAACCUCACCUCACCUCACCUAACCUAACCUUAUCUAACCCAACCCAACCCAACCCAGACAGACCCUCACGUACCCCCUCCCCCCAACACAGCCGUUAACCUUCUGCAGAGUGCAUAAGAGAACUGUACCUGUGUGUGUGUGUACGUAUGUGUGUUCCCUAUUUCCAUGAUUCUCACUCGUCUAAUGGCAGACAAAAAUAAAAAAAAGACAGAGGUUGUGCGUGUGUCUGUAUGUAUGCAUGUAUGUGUGUGUGUGUGUGUGUAGUGAAGGUAGCGCUGCGUUGGUGCUUUAAGGAGAAUUGGGCUGCUGUGCUGAGGCCUACAAGAAAUGUUUAGGCCUAUCCUUUCCUCCCUUUUUGAUAAUGUUUUGAUAACUUUAUAUAUAUACUAUUAGCUGAGGAUGCCUACUAGUGAAGCAAAGCCCUGUGUGUGUGUGUGUGUGUGUGUGUUGUCUUUUUGUAAGCUUGGUUGCCAUAUAUAUGUGUAUAGAGAGAGUGUGUGUGAGUGUGAGAGUGUGUUUUGUACUUAAGAGUGUAGUUUAGUGUUGUGUACAGUGCCUGAUAAUUUCCUUAAGCACAUGCAGAAUAAUGCUCAACGUAAUUAGUGUGAAGGAUGGAUAGUGUUGGUAUAGAGAUAGACUAAAACAACAAAACAACAACAACACACUGUUUUGUACGUUGCCUUGCUGGCUGUCUGAGGCCUUGUCACCCCUCCUGCCCAUUGCUCACUUUUGUACUUACUGCUGCCGCUGCCGCCGCCGCCACUGCUGCUGCUGCUGCAAGAGGCACUCGGCAGCCGUCUCCUUUAAAACGAUGGUGAUGUUGACAGGAAGCAUUGUUUGUUUGUUCGUUUGUUUGUUGCCGUGCCCUGACAGUCAGUCCUGAAGGCAGAAUCAAAAUGUGAAAGAUUGUACGUACGUGCGUCGGUUGUCUCGAUGUAUGUGUGUGUGUACGUGUGUGUGCACCUCUCACAGCAAAGACUGAGGUGUUGGACUGACCCACACACUUGUCGUUGUGGUGGCAAGAGAGUGUCGCUAACUUAACUAUUUAACGUCAAGCAGAGGCCAUUGUUGCUGCACCAUUCACUGUACCAUUCAGAGUGUGGCUCAGUGGUGCAGCGCUGGUCAUGUUUGUAAUGCUGACUAACGUAACUAAGUAACAUGAUUUGAAG